UAGGCAGCAAGACGCCGGACACCAAACGUGGCAACGCGCAAAAGUUUAUUUACUGGGAGAUCCCGAAAGAGAAGUUGGAAGAGGCUGUAAAAGAUUUAUAUUCUUGCUGUAAGAAGACACAGCAGUUAGGACAUUUCUGAACGCUUUAUAGCACGUAAGACACCUGGUCCCACAAGUCUUGAUAACAACCCAAAGGCUUCUCUUGUAAGAACAACAAGUUGCAAAUAUGCUUAGCAAUAAAGGAAAGUUUAUUGACCGAAGCAAAGAUAUCUCUGCGGCGGGAAAACUGUUUGAUCAGGGAAAGACUGCCAGGGAGUGCCUCCUUACUCAAGAAGAGACCCAAUAUUCUGACAAAGUUAAGAAGUUUAGAGCUACAACCCAACCACAUGCUGGUGUUGAAAGAGUAUUCCAUGGACGAGCUGACGAUCCCAACAUUGCAAAGUACAUAUCACAUGGAGUUAGCACWAAACCAUCGUUAUGGGCAGGAGAUCUUGCAAAUCCUCCAAAAAAGUCCUUAUUUGCACAAAAGAUGCUUGAAAAGAAAGAGGGCACUUAUGCAAGCAGUCAAAAAGCUCCAUUGGGUGAAUGUCAUGAUCAGAUGCCAAACUUACCAAGUGGAGCCAAACUUUAUGAGGACUGCUAUGGAGURAAAACAAUUAAAGAUGGUACAGCAGGAGAGAUGGUCAACCCUGCAAAAACUGCAGAACAAGUUGUGAAAGAGUCACUAGUUGGAAAAGAUCUUUACAAAUUCAGUCACCACGACUAUGAUGUUGGUGAAGGUUAUGACAGAAAAUACGAUUGGAAUCAAGUUCCAAAAAACAGCACCUUUGGUAUUGAAACACCACACAAUAAUGAUGGCAUCCAUGUUAAGAAGAGUUUAAAAUGGCUGCAUGAUAUCCAACAGGCAAAGUGCACUAAAAUAGUAUCAAAAAGAGUUGACAAUUUUAGAGAAAGAACACAACCACAGCUUGGUCAAUGCCAUGACCCUAUCAAAGACACUCUUAGAGUUGGACCUGACCAUGUGUUUGGAGUUAUUGUAAAGCCUGAUGAAUAUGGUGCAGGAGAUUUGAUACACAUGAGAAUGCCUUCAGAAUACCUACGUGGUAGGGAAAGAGAAAGAGGCAUUGUUGCAGCCAUAAGGCAACAUCUAAAGAAAGCAAACUAUCACAACUUUAAUGAUUUGAAAGCUGCAUUUGAACAUUAUGAUAAGGAUAAUUCAGGCAUGAUAAGCUUGGAUGAGUUAGCCCAUGUCUGCAUACAGUUUAACCUUCCAGUAGAGCAAGAACUUUUAAARUCUCUUCUUGCCACGUGUGAUGCUGAUAAAGAUGGUCAGAUUAAUUACACUGAAUUUGCAAACUUUCUGAAUUGGAAAGACCAAAUGCCAAGUGGUAAAAAAAGUGAAGACAAUGCAACUACAGAGGAAAAGGACAAAACUGAACUAAAUCAAUCAUUGUCCCAACAAAUUGAUAAAGCUGUUGGUGGAUGGAAAAAGUCCUCAUCACAGAUAAGAGCUACUGUUGGAGGAAUACAAACAAAUAAUUGGAGAGCUUAUGGCGUACCCACAAUUCGAUCUGAUCUAGCAGCACCAAGAAUACGAAGAGUUGGUGACAGAACUAAUUAUGGUGAUGAAUCAGACGCCUAUGGAUUAAUCAAUCCAUCAUUGUACAGCAAUCAUGGUGUUUAUGAAAAGGACUUCUUUCAGCCAAGAGAUAGAUUAGAGAUGAGAAGAAUCAUUGAUGGUAUUGGUGUUGAAAUGACUCCAGAAACAUUYGACGAAAUAUGGAAUAUUGCAACUACAAACAGUCCACAAGGGCUGGUGAGCGUAGAAUCAUUUAGAAAUGUCAUGGACGAAGCAUCUGCACCAAAAGUUCUGCAGAGUCAAGCAGUUUAAAGUUGAAAUAAAAUAUUUUUAGCAUCAUUAUUGUAAAUAGAAAUGUUUUGAUUUGAUGAACUUGUUUUUAUUUUCCAUUUUGGUAGAUAUCACUAUUGAUACAUUAUGCAGCAAUUAAAUGAAUUAUAUUUUAAAUACUACAGACUUCUAAUACCUAUAUUACAUCUAAGCAGUAAGGUUUGAAUUAGAUUAAAAGGUACAAAAAAUAGUCUUUAGAUCUAUUGUGCUGUCAGGCCCUCAUCAGAAUUCGAUUCUUGGCCCAUAACUUGUAUAACAAACCUUUGAGGAGGCUUCCUAUUUCGAUUUUUAAUUUGAAAAAUAAAUGAAAAUUUCAAAAAGUAAAAACUAAUUGAAUGUGAUCCUUUUUAAUUUGGACUAACUAUUGUGCACUUAGUGUGAUUAUAGCAUAACUUACAAGAAAACAACUCAGGACAUUGAUUAUUAUAAUUUCUACUUACACCUAUUUACAUAAUUCCAGUCUAAAUUUCUCUUGUCCAAAUAUAUAUCAUUGUCAAUAUUAGUUUGUUGAAUGAAUCAUAAUUCAUAGUUAUGCAUUUGUAUUAUUACAAGGCUGUCAAUGAUUAAAAAAAGAUUGCAAAGUACA